UUUCAGUAAACCACAAUGUCUGCUCCAGCUGCUCGCCAAUCUGUUGGCCUAAUCAAGAAGGCGUGGAAUGAAAUUCCCGAUAUUGUUGGUGGUUCCGUUUUAGCCAUCAUUGGCUUGGGCCUGGCUGGUAUUGGCUUGGCAAACUACUACGGCCAUGAUGGUGAUAACCGUAAAUAUAAAUACGGCUAUGUUAUUAUGCGUCCCGAUGAUCCUAGAGCCGCCAAAGUGCAUAAGGAUUAAACGAAA